GGAAACUAAUAGGCUACAUUGCUAGCACUAAGUAGGGUACAAGUUAGAAUAUAAACCCAGCGGUAUCGCGCUAUAGAUCUACCUCCAACCUGUUUGUUCGUCUUCAGCUCCGACCGCAUUAUUUUAAAAAUGACGACUGUGUCGUUUGGUCGGAUGUUUGUGGUCGUUUUAAUCUGAUAAACACUGUUGCUAGCGUUAGCCUGUUAGCAUUCCUGGCUGUUUUUCAUGCUGCAGCGCCGUGACCCUCCCCGGAUUUCUACUGUACCUCAACUGAUUUUGACGAUUUUCUAACUUUGAAAAAGGAUGUUCCUGGUGGGACUGACCGGGGGGAUCGCCUCGGGGAAAAGCACGGUUUCCUCAAUGCUACGGGAGCUCGGCUGCCCCAUUAUAGAUGCAGAUGUGGUGGCCAGAAAAGUUGUGGAGCCACACACUCCUGCUUACUCCCGGAUCGUCUACCACUUUGGGCACGAGGUUCUGCUGGAGAACGGGCAGAUUGACCGGCAGAAGCUCGGCCAAAUCAUCUUUGCCCAUGAAGAGAAGAGGAGGCUGCUAAACUCCAUCACACACCCCGAGAUUCACAAAGCCAUGCUCAAAGAGAUCAUAUUCUACUUCCUGAGAGGUUACCGAUAUGUGGUCUUGGAUGUUCCCCUCCUGUUUGAAACCAGACGCCUCACCAAAUUUUUGAACCACACCGUCGUAGUUUACUGUGACCCUGCGACCCAGCUCCAGCGCCUCAUGCAGAGGGACAACCUGACCCAGGAGCAGGCCGAGCAGCGCGUGGCAGCGCAGAUGCCGCUCAACGAGAAGCGCGGCUUGGCCAACCACGUCAUCGAAAACUCAGGCAGCCGAGAGGACACCCACAGGCAGGUCCUGCGGCUCCACACGAAGCUGGAGGACUCCAUGGACUUCCUCUUAGUGAGGGUGAUCGCCGUCGCUGCCACCGCCGGUCUGAGCGGAAUGCUGCUCUACGCUGCCAAGCUGCUGCUGUCCUAACACAGGAAACGGAGGAGGAAGAGAAGAACAAGUCUAAAAUGUGAAGCUGCGAUUAGAGCAGAGGAAAGGCAAGUCGAAAGUACUGAUGCGGUUUUCUGUGAAAUUAGUUUUGCAGCACCUACCACUAACAGCGCAGCAGCAGAGCUUCAUGUUGACAGUUAACAGACCUAGAAAAACUCUGACAAACAGGGCUUAGUGUAAAGAAUGCAGUUUGUUCUGGAUUUUCUCAGCAAGACUAAACAGUGAAGUUGAUGAAGUAGAAUCUCUUGAGCUUAGCAUAAAAAUAAUUUUGCUAAUAAUGCAAAACAACCAAAAAGUUUACCCACUUUUUAAAACAUGUUUAAUUAUUCAAAUUGGACAGGAGAUGAUGUUUUCAUUUGAAAAUAAAAGUAUCUUUUAGUAGCUGCUCCCUUUUAACUCAGAUUUUAAGUUGUCAUUAAUUUGGCACUAACUCACUUUAUAUUUUUAGCUAAAUGUUGGUGCUCGCCCCCCACCAAAAGUACAUUUUUAAAGUGGAAAUUAUAUUAAAGAGCAAAGAAACUUCCAAGGUGAUGCAUACAGAACAUGUCAUGAUUGUAUAAUGAUGGUAUAUUUGACAGAAUGUAAUUGACAAUCCGUUUUUUUCCUCACUUUGAACAGUAGGAAUGAACAGAUUUCACAUUUAUCACUGUAUUUUCUUACACUUCAUAUGUUCUCUGUUGAAGUAAAAAUCUGUCAUUUUAUUUUCUUUUUGCACACUUGUAACUAAAAUGUUUGCAAGCUCAUAUGUGUAACUUAAAUAUAACAGACCACGCCACUGUAAAAAUGUCUCGGUGCAUUUGGUUGUUCCUGUGUUUUGACAGACGUCUGCAUGUUAAUGCUGGAACCCAAAGAACUUGGAAGUUGAAGCCAAACUGUGGGGUGCUCCCCCUAGUGGCCGGCGAUGUUCUGUCUACAAAACGUACACAAAUGGUUUUAGCUCUUGCGGUUGAAAUGUGCAAGAAAAAAGCUUACCAAAACGAUGACCAUUUAAAAUCUUAUUUCCACAGUAUUUCUUUUUUUUUAAAUAUAUUUAUAAUGAGCACUAUAAUUUUAUGCAUAUUGUUAUUUUUAAUAUUUGAUUGGAAGAGUUAAGCUAGGGUGAUAAUUGUUUUACUAGUUUUUAAAGUGUUUGAGUGAGAAAUUUUGAGGUGUCAGAUUUUAUUCUUUGGUACUGAAAUAUCAUUUGGGGAUGGGAAAAGUUUCAAUGUAAUGGAAAAAAAAAACAAUUCAGGUUUGUGUUCUUAGAACAAGAAGUUAAAUCAGAGAGAAGCAAAUAUUCAUAUUUUACACCUAAAGUCUUACCUUGACACUGAAACCCUAGACAUGAACAUGUGUAAAAUCCAAUUGUCCAAAAAAAUACAUGUUUACCUUUGCUAAAUAGCACAAACUAUUGAGUUUGAAGCCACAAAAGUGAACAAAAUGCUUCAUACAUAUAAAAUUCUACUCAGAUAUUGGUUGUUCUUUGCGUGUCGUGUGAAACUGCACUCCAUCCCGGUUAUUCUUAUUUGCGAUAUUCCUUGCUUUAUGAACUUCAGCUGACAAAUUAGUUCAUCUCUCUAAUCAUAAAGCACAUCAACCUUCAGUCAACUUUUAUGUCUUCAAAGGACAGGGCAUUCUUCAGUAAUUGCUUCCAACAGGAGGAUGUGUAAGUGACGGCUCUUCAGGAAAACGCACAGCUGAAUUUAGUGGACACAUGCGAAUGAUGUCCUUGCUGUUGUCCACACUGAGAGCCUGGAUAUGAAAAUUCAGGCCCACAGGCAGGUACGGCUGCAUCAUUCUGGCACAGAGGAUCAACCAGUCUGUGUGGCUCACUUGGCUCCAUCUGAAGCCAUCUUUGGUCUGCUUGCUGUUUAUAAUCAAGACGCUGCUGCGUUAAUGCAAGCUGACUUGGGCUGAGGCAUGCGGGGGCAGUCAUCUGAGCUUGGACACAUACAGAGAAGACAAAAAUCACAUGGAAGAAUGCAUAAUAAGACUGGCAGCAUAAAUCACACAAUUCCACAAACAAGGCCUUUUUUAUUCAUGCAUACGCACAUAUAUACCUGUUUAAAAAAAAAAAGAAAACGAAGUAACCCCACCCUGACUCUCCUGUAUCUGAUGUAUUAUGGU